CUAAACACCUUAAUUCUUGUAGGUUUAAUCGUUACUUCAAAUGAUCGGCGUUCGAUAAUUCUUUCCUUCAAGUAUUCAAAAUCAAGUGCAAUAUGUUACAGACGAAACCUAUGGCCAAAUAUGUCUUCAUCUUUACCGUAUUAGGGUUUAUAAUCUGCAUUACCUCCGGCGAAUCGUCGACGUGUUUAGCGUUGUACAAAGAAGGCGGUGCACCAGCGGUGUUCCAGUCACCAAAAUGUUCUAGAUGGAGCUUACCGAAACACGAUUCUCGUAGACGAUCCACAUCAGGAAGAUGUCAAUCUGCCACACGUCAGGGCCGACGGAAAUCUCACGAAGAUCGCACUUUCUGUACUCUCGAUAUUCGGAUUCCUUUUCCAGGCCCUAAUGGCAUAAGAGAUACGUCAGUUGGCAUCGUGGCAGUUUUUGAUGGACAUAAUGGUGCAGAAGCCAGUGAGAUGGCCUCAAAGCUGUUAUUCGAGUACUUCACGCUGCAUACCUUUUUUCUUCUUGAUACCGCAUAUUCUUUUCUGUCCAAGGUAUCAAAAGGAAUGUUACCAAAUAAGGGGCAACAUGAUUAUGCUUCUCAAGUACUUGGUUGGGAUGAGAAACUUGGUGAAUAUGUGCUGCAUAUCGGAAGGUAAGAAUUUGGUGUGGGUGUGGUGCACACAUGUUGUGAAUCAUGGGGGCAAAACACAUGGACAUGCUAGGCAUUAUACUUACAAGUACACAUGAAGCAGGAUUAAGUUUACAUUGUCAACAAUCUUCAAUGGAGAUUUCCACUUGGAAAUUCUGAAGGAAUCUUUGUUGAAGGCGAUUGAUGAUAUUGAUGCAUCAUUUUGUAAGGAAGCUUCUAGAUACAACUUCCACUCUGGUUCCACUGCGACAGUUAUAUUAAUAGCUGAUAGUCAAAUUCUAGCUGCCAAUGUUGGAGACUCAAAGGCUUUCUUAUGCUCUGAAACGUUCCAAUCUCCUCCUGAGGCCAAAGCUACGUUAUUGAGAUUAUACAGAAACAGAAGAAGUGAUGGUGCUUCUAUACGUUUGAAAGAUUAUGGAAAUUAUAAACUGGCGGCAUCUGACGGCUUGUCCCAUUUUGCCGCCAAGGAGUUGACCAGGGACCAUCAUCCCGACAGGGUUGACGAACGGUCUCGAGUAGAAGAGGCUGGUGGUUAUGUCCUUGAAUGGGGCGGUGUAUCCCGAGUCAAUGGUCAUUUGGCUGUUUCACGUGCUAUUGGUGAUUUGCCCUUUAAAAGCUUUGGUGUUAUAUCUGUUCCUGAGGUGACAGACUGGCAACCUCUGACAGCUAACGAUAGUUAUUUGGUGGCUGCAUCUGACGGUGUUCUUGAAAAGCUGGGCCCACAGGAUGUCUGUGAUCUAUUCUGGGAAUUAGAUACUCAUGCCCCCCUUGAAUUACAUUACAGUCCUUCAUGUUCAUACUCAUUAGCCGAUUGCAUUGUGGAUACUGCUCUUGAAAAAGGCAGUAUGGAUAAUGUGGCAGCUGUUGUCGUUCCGUUUGGGUUGGAACCUCUGCCUACUGAACGAUCCCGAGAAGUUGGACUGCAGAAUUAUGUGGAGGGAGAAUCUGGGUCGGAGAAUGGUGAAUCAGUUAUUGACAAGUUUGGACGUUUAUUGGUUGAAGGAAAGCAUGACACUUACGGAUAUUUCUAUCUAUCGGAGAGUCUAAAUGAAAACGAUGACUCCACGUUCUGGAUUUCAAAGGAUGAGCAGGAUUCGAUACAUGGUUCACUGCAAGCCUUACCUGACAUACCUAAUCAUAAUCAUGGUGGACCUUUAAAUUUGUACCGUGAACAGAUGAUGUGUUUACACUUUGGGAGGUCUAGUGCCGGAGAUAGAGAUCAGUGCAUUAAUCCCGAGGGUCUCGCAAGUUUUUUGGGUUUCUUAGGAUCACUCCCGACACAUAAUCAUGAAUCUUUUGAGCGUGCCACUCCUAACACAAGGUAUAUACUGAAAAAAAGAUUUGACCGUGGAUCAUAUGGAGAAGUUUGGGUGGCGUUUCAUUCGAAUUAUCUCCGACAAAGCAACGAUACAGAACAACAUGCGAAAAACAAAUUUCAAUUUCAUAGCACUCAUCUCGGCACUGAAAAUGGAACUUCCGGUCCUUCAGAUAAUAACAUUUUCAUUUUAAAGCGUAUAAUGGUAGAAAAGGGUAACACAGUUUACUUAAGCGGUAUACGCGAGAAGUAUUUCGGUGAACUUUUUCUAAACGCGUCUUCAUAUUUGGGUGGUACAUUAUCAGUAACGGAUUCAUACCCAUACCCCUACCCCUACCCACACCCUUAUAAUCUGCUAAGAAUGGAUGAAUCGGUUACUCCGGAGCAUAUACCGUCAAGAAAGAACAGACAGCCGCAGGUUGCUUAUGAAGAAGGGCUGAAGCAUAUUGCAAGAUAUAUCGAGUCUUUUGAGUCAAAGUCCAGUGAGAUAUGGCUUGUGUUUCGCCAUGAAGGUGUUUCUUUAUCGAAACUUUUGUAUACUGCAGACGAUAUUGGAAGUAGUGAUGGCGAAACAAAUGAUAGUGAUGAUCACGUUAAACAUGUUCGUAUACUACAUCCAUCGAAAUGGUGGCGGUGGUUGAAGACCACAAAAGCGGGCCAAGAGGAAAUGAAAAAUCUUAUAUGGCAGUUGUUGUCGGCACUUAAAGCUUGUCAUGACCGUAACAUCACCCACAGGGAUAUUAAACCCGAAAAUAUGAUCGUUUGCUUUGAAGAUCGUGAUUCUGGAAGAUGCCUAAAAGGAAGCCCUAGUGGAAAUGAAACGUAUAUCACUAAAAUGCGCAUUAUUGACUUCGGUAGUGCAAUGGAUGAAUUUACCAUAAAGCAUUUAUACGGGGCUGCUGGACCCUCUAGGGAUGAACAAACUUACGAGUACAUGCCUCCAGAAGCUUUUCUAAAUGCUACUUGGUAUCAUGGGCCAUCAAGCAUAACUACAAAGUAUGACAUGUGGAGUAUCGGUGUUGUGAUCUUAGAGUUGAUUAUAGGAUCGCCAAAUGUGUUUCAAAUAGAUGCUAUAACACGUGCUCUUUUGGAUCAACAUCUUGAAGGUUGGAAUGAUGGAUUGAAGGAGCUUGCUUAUAAGCUAAGGUCAUUUAUGGAAUUAUGCAUUUUGCUUCCCGGAAGUUCCUCAAAACAUCUUUAUAGUUGGGGUCAUAAUGGGAAGAGCUCGGGUUCACCAGCGUCAUGGAAAUGCUCUGAAGAAUUUUUUGCGAGUCAGAUUAAGAGCAGAGAUCCUCUUAAAAUAGGGUUUCCAAACGUUUGGGCUUUGAGAUUAGUACGCCAACUAUUAGUUUGGGAUCCAGAGGAUCGAUUGACUGUUGAUGAUGCUUUGAGGCAUCCUUAUUUUACGCACCAUACAACACAAUGAUUAACACGAUGUUUAACAGGUUCAUGGUUUAAGAGGCAAACAUGUCACAUAUAGAUAGAUAUAGACCACGUUUUCUUUCCCCCCGUUGUAAAUGUUUGUUUCAUACGUUCUGUAUAUAAUGUAUAUAUCAAGGCACGUGAUUUGUGUACGAAAUGUACUUUUCUGGUGAAGUGGUACAAAAUUUGGUUUAAA